UUUCACAUGUCUAUAUAGCAACAGAUGAGAUCAGUAGUCUUUUUUCUUGAGUUGGAAUAGUGAAAGUUAAGCCUUUUCUUCAUAGUCAAAGAGCUGUGUGUCUAUCUUCAUUACAACUGCAUCACUUCUUUUCACAUAGCAUCAAAUAAGAUAAAGCUUGCUCAGAUUUUCACAUCAUCUAUGGCAACAAGUGGUGUAAAGGUUUUAGGAGCCAGGCAGAGCCCAUUUGUGAACAGGGUUGUGAUGGCGCUUGAGAUGAAAUCCAUCGAUUAUGAGUUAGUAGAAAUGAAUCCACGCCUAAAACCCGAGCUUCUUAUCAAAACCAACCCAGUUCACAAGAAAAUCCCAGUGCUCAUUCAUGGUGAUAGGACAAUAUGUGAGUCUCUUAUCAUUGUUCAAUAUAUUGAUGAUGCAUGGACCAAUGGCCCCUCGAUCCUUCCUCCUCAUCCCUACGACCGUGCCACAGCUCGAUUCUGGGCUGCUUUUGUCGAUGACAAGUUGGUCCCGUUACUCGGGCAGCUUAGGGAAGCCGAAGGAGAGGAAGCUAAAGAGUUGGUUUUCAAGAAAUUUUCUGAAGCAUUUAUGCAGUUGGAGGAGGCAUUCAUUAACUGCAGCAAAGGCAAGGCUUUCUUUGGUGGAGAUAGUGUUGGCUACCUUGAUAUAGCUCUGGGGAGUUUUGUUGGUUAUAUAAGGGUGGCUGAGAUGAUGAAUGAAACUAAACUCCUCGAUGAAACCAAGACUCCUCGUCUGGACGGAUGGGCAGAAAGGCUUUACUCCGACAACAUUGUUAAGGAUGUUUUGAUGGACCCUCAGUUGCUUCUAGUACAACUCCAGAGUGGUUUCCGGCAUUCAAGGAGCUCGAGAAGGCAUCGGGAGACGAGGGUAGAGGCACGAUCAUUGAGAGGAAACAUGAAGGAGCAGUGUUGUUGGAGGAGAGGCCUUUGUGAAAUGCAGCAGAUUGAAGGCUUAUUUUUGUGGAGAGAGCCUUAGCAACAAAUGAGAAUGUUGGAGUAUUAGUUGAAAGU